AUGUUAGGAAUAUUGAUCCUGGUAUUGGUUCUUCUGAUUAUUCUCGUAGCGCUAUGCAUCGCAUGCAUCUUCCUCAUUCCGUACUAUCAAGAAAGGCAGGCUACGAAUAAGUUUGGUUUCCCGCUUCCACCGUGGAAAGUCAACAAGAAGUCAAGAGAAAUUCUAGCAGGCUGGGUGAAGGAUAUUGCCGAGAAGAACCCUUUAAUAUGGCGCUGUUCUGAUCGUGAUGUUAUCUGGUCAUACUCUGCUUCUGCUGGAGCCCACAAAGACAUCGAAGUUCUGGUUGCGAACAACGCUCCAUUUUUGGAGGAACAUAUGCUGCCUCUGGCAUCUGUACGUUUUCCAGUAAUUAUUUCUUAUAAACGCUGA